AUGGUUCAACUCAGAUAUGUUGGAUUAGACAGGCAAAGACAGGGAGUUCUGCGAGCCAUUUCUGCUCAACGAAAUCGCUGUGUGCUAGUAUUUGCCAUUUUCGGAGGUCAGUGUCUUGUGUACGGAUUUGUAAGCCAUAGGCAAGACGCAUCAGAGGCAAGCUUUCUGGACAAUUCCAUUUUAAACGGCAGUAUUGCCGCCCCCGAAACGAUUUUCUAUCGCACCUGCACAGACGGCAGUCUUGAGCUCUGUCGACCUAUCGGCGAAACCAACUCUGGAGUGAAAGAUGCUGGUCUACGGACCUGUCGGUCUGAGAGAGAACUCUUUACAGCUGCGGUGAAUACUACUCAGGGUGAGAAAUGUCUGUUUUUUGAGGAUUUGGGUACCCUUCCGCAAGGUGAAUGGUCCAUAAUUCGGAUCCCUGAGGCCUACCAGGCCUAUCCAAUGGACCUGGAUCUUAGAACUGUCGUGUUGGCCUAUACCUACGGAUUGGAAAUGAACGUCGUAAGUCUAUUAUUGGCUCUCUUUUGAUAUUCAGAGGAAUCUUGCUAUAUUAAUGUCUGAUCGUAAACCGACGAUAUGUUGCUCAGCCGGAGAUUGUCACUCAGUCUCUUUUCCUUGUCGUCAUCUCCUUUAACGGCCUGUGCGAGUUUAGAUUAAGGUCGAGGGCGCAGUAGUUCAAACAUAUUCCGUGAUCUGACCUCCAGUCGAUCUUUAGGCAAAAAAUACGAGUAGAAUAGCACUACUGACAAAGGCGAUGGAGACUGAAGUGGUCAUUUUUGGUUUGUUGGUCAUCAUCAGUCAGCCAUACCCAACCCCGUGGUGUGGAACACCCGAGUCUCGAACUCGCGGCCUGUUGGUUAGAAGUUCAACGCCGCCUACUAUUGUACCACAAGCUCACCGUCUUGUCGGAUGUUGGCGUAACUAGGGAGAGAACACUCAUGCAUGACGCAACGAGUGGUUUCCUAAGCACAAUCGGUGCGCUCCCGCCUACACUAUGUAUACAGAUGUACCCUCAUAUAUAUGUUUAUAGAAGCACCGACGGGUUCACUGACGGACGCACCGACGACCCGUCAGCCACCUACGCCCAACCGCUUCUUUGCAAAACCUGGUGCUCAAGCCCAAGUUCUUUUGCCGUCUACCGUUAAUUGCUCGAUGAUCUAACACUGAACAACGAGCUUUUUGUUAUAACGGUUUUCGAAACUAAUCCUCCCGGAAUUCUGCCCCGCGGAUGAGCGGUAUUCUGCUGGAUGAAAAUAGCUACAUAUUCACAUUUACCCAGUUCUAAAAUUUAAAAAAACACAAGUCCAGCAUACUGUCUCCCUAGAAUACGUUUUAUGCUGUUAUCAAGCAGGGCGUAGAAGAGGUUGGUUUAGCAGUGCCUGCUCAAAAUACCUUUUUCUAGGAACUGAAGCUGUUUAUAUUUGGCGACUAACGGAAAUGAAAUUAAGUGAAAUUUUGAAGUAGAUAUCCAUUGUUAAUUGACUCCUAUUCUCAGCUGUUUACUUCCGUUUCUUGGACAUACAACAUUUCAAGGCCUUCUGGCUCGCCUGUACGAAACUCCAAAAUGCGUUUUCGCAGAGUGAUUAUGUAGGGUUGUAAAAUUAAUUAGCCAACGGUAUAAUUUUAUAAUAAUUCCGUUACCUCACGAUGUCUGCUUUUGCAAGAAUUUACUUUGGGAUGCAUGCAAAAACUACACUCUGUAAGAAAUGACUACUUAAGAAGCAUUGAUUUUCUCAUUGAUUUUCGCUGCUCCUAAAAAUCAAACCAUAUUUCAUGGAAAACAUGCAUGAAAAUAUUCAUUCUUCUGCUCGUUCUGUAGCAAAUUAUGCCUUCUUCAAAUCUUAUAUUCGAAUGAGUGAUAUAAUUUGGUUUUCAAUAAUUUUUUUUUAUUUCCGAAUAAUUUUGAACCCGCUCUGCCGUUACACUUCAAAUCAGGGUUUCUUAACUACAAGCCGUAUCUUUUCCGCUUAUAGGAAACCACACAUUUCUCUACGGUAUUAAACGGAGACCAUAUAGGGUUCAUAAAAUUUAACAUUGGAUCUGAUCAAUAUUGUUGGCUUUAAAAGCCACGUUGGUAAACGCCGACUCAUAACGUUAUAUGACCGGCCAUUUCACGGUAAUCAAAAUCGCAUAAUUAGAAAGUUUUUUAAAACCGAAUCAUCUCCCUCCUGCGAGUAUAGGAUUAGAAGAAGACGUAAUUUUCUACCAAAUGAACGAAACAAUGUAUGUUUUCAUGAAUUUUGUCCAUGAAAUAUAAUUUGGCUUUAAAGGGCAUCGAAAAGUAAUGAGAAAAAUGCAUGCUACAUCAGCAGUCAUUUUUCCCAGAGUGCAGUUUUUGCAUGCGGACGGAAGGAAGUUCUCUCGAAAGCCAGCAUCCUUCGGCAAUUGAAUUAUUAUAAAAUUAUGCUGUAGAGUUAUUAGUUUUAGAACCACACUUAAUUAAUCUUUUCGAAAAGAAAAUGCAUUUCAGAAUUUGGAUUGGCAUCUCGUGAGUUAGCCCACCUACUUUAAUUCGCACUUACAGCCGUAUAUCGAUCUCUAGUCUCACAACACAGUGUCACCACCACCACCACCACCAUUAGCAUCACCUGUGGUCAUCCGCCUACCAUUUUGCCAAGCAUCACCUUACUCUACCGCCAACAAUUAUGAUUUAAUUGCAUUAUGUUCUCACUGUGUCCCUACAUUUGGAUCUUACAUAGACCUGGGAGGUCACUGGCGAAUCCAUCAAAUAAAGACCCAAAACGAAGGCGCUAGUGGUACCUGUCGCACUAGUCUUACCUACCGACACUGCUUCAGGACAUUCACACGCGACAAGAAUAAUUUUAUCUCUAUGUGUAUACACGAUAGCGACAAUCAACGCAAUUAACACACGUCAUACACUCGAAAGCUCCUCAACCAUCGACGUAAUCCCAUCCGAACACCAGUAUCAACACCACUACCUGGGUAGUCGCAAAUAACAGCUCAGUACCCACAGUAAUAUCACCGAUCACGUGAGAAUUUAUAGUUAGGAGAUUGCGAAAACAGUACUAGAAGCUCUGACGUGCACAUGAACCUAUACGGCAUCACAUAUAAACACAAGCCAUACAACACAAUCUUAAUUUCUUUAAGAUGCAAACGACCUAAGUAGUUAUCACUGUUAGGGUGGGCAAAACUCUGAGCGACUGAACCUGCAGAUACCAUUGACUUGGGAGGCUCGCACCUGAUGUAGCCCGGCAAAAGUACUGCAGACCACGUUUUGUGUGGCCUAAAGAUCUGAAAGCGUGUGCUAUGCCAGCAUCAGCAACCCAUGCCCCUCGGAGUAUGUUAUGGAGUGACAGUUCUCUGACACCUGAAUCCCUGCCGGAAGAUGCGCUUGCACUCCCGCUGAGUGUACAAGUGGUAGGCAUGGCUGCCCAGUCAUCAUCCUCGUCCUUCUGACCCCUGUUGGGCUGUUGUUGUUGGUGGUGAAAAAUCCUGGUCAAGUGUAUGUUGUGGACCAGGGGAUUUGAGGGCGCACCUAGGUCCCCGUUCGGCCGUGCCAACCACCUGCGUCUUAUACCGCCUCCGAUCUUCGUUAAUCUGUAUUAGCACCGAAUCCAGUUGGGGAAGGAGAAAGUGUAGUGAAUGCUGCGCAAGUCUAGUAUUAUCUGCUGCCUUACUUGUGCUGACUGCCCGUCUGAAUAUACAGGCUAUUGCCGGAACCAAUGUGCUUUUGCGCCUUCACCAAACCGAAAGCUCGCCUUUGAUUCUCUUGUCAUUUCUGCAUUUGGUUGAGCUGCCAUCGGGUCUGGUUUAUGUGUUUAAAAUUAAGCAUCGCUAAUAUAGAGGCAUAAAUCACAUGUGCGCAGGUCAGGCCAAAGGAAUAGUGUUGCCAGUCAAAAUAACCGCGCACAGAGCUGUUGGGUUAGGUUUUAGGCAAUGGUACGUUAAAAGAUUCCAAUUUAGCUGUCAGUAGACUGUGGAUUGUAUCAUAUGCAGUUUUAAAUUGUCAUCCAUUUGCAGACUUCUGCAGAUACUGCCAGCGUCAACGUGUAGGAGCUCGGAAACGAUCUACAGUCUACCGAAAGAUACGUGGGGUCAUUCACCCUAUCUUUGUCAACUUAUAAUUUGGACUUUCCGAGUUAUCGAUCACAGCAUAUAUUCUCCUAUGUGCCAGAGAACUCAUUCAAAGGCGCAUAAUCUCACCAUGUUUGAUAGACAACAAUUAUAUUUGCUUGGUGAUUUUACUUAGCGAUUUUUAUCCUUCUUAAAUGUUUUAUAAUUGAAUACACCAAGCGGGGAUGUCGUUCCUCACGAAGCGACGUUAAAUUCAAGCCAACAACAUGCCGCGCCAAAAGUUGCGGCUCAGAAAGCCGCCUCCUCCGGCUUCUCCCGUCUGCAGCUCUGCGCUCCAGACUCAGGGGUCAGACUAUGAUGGCUUCUUCUGAAUGUAACCAUCUGUGGGUCUGUUGUAGGCGAUUUUUGCGGAGUGAGUACUUUCGUGAUCCUGCACUACGUCACCUACCACUUACAGUCUUAUCUCCAGUCCCCCAACCGCCACUUAGACAGCGAGUGUGUGUGGGGAGAGAGAGAAUCAGAAGUCAAGUGAAUGAGCUGAUGCGAAAGUAACUACUCUUCUCCAGCCGUAGUUCUCAUUCUAAUCUACAUCGAGGGCAAGAUGAGCCAUUACUGUACUUACAGGUUGGACUAUCGGCGGUGAUCGUUAAUCACAAAAUCGGGGUAGUUUAUGCACGGCAAUUGGAUAACCCUUUGGGCGCCAUUUUCAUCCCGCUGGGUAAACAGGUGUUGGGCAUGGCUGCCCAGUCAUCCUCGUCGCUCUGACGCAUCUUGGGGUGUUGCUAGAGGUGAAGAGUCUUGGUUAGGUGUAUGUAGUCGACGAGGGGUUUGGUUGCACGCCUAGGUGAGGGCCCGGCCGCGCCAGCUACCUGCGUCCUCCCGCCUUCGGUCUUCUUGACUCUGUCUUGACAUGCGGUCCAGGUGGGGGAAGAGGAAAGAGUGCGGUAGAUGCUGCGCAAGCCUAAAUUCAGGCCACCGUGUCUGCGUCAUCUUUCAGCGGACCACACAGUGGACAUCGUCCGCAACGACGGUUGAGCUGUCAGUGAACCAUCAAUUUAUUUCUACUGGCCGUUACCACCUUCUCCAUCCUCUAGUGUUUCUCCCUCUCCUCCUCUUGAUCGUGCUUAUAAUGAUGACGAUGGGGAAUGUUGGCGACAAUAAGUUAUUCGCCUUGAUUUUGGAACGAACUUUCAACCGAUCCUUACAACGAGCACCGUUCCUGAUGAAUGGGGAAAGCGCUUUGAUAAAGAGAAGGGGACGCGUUGAUCAUUAAUCACACUUUUACUGUUUCUUUAAAAACGGAAAUUGUCAGACAUAAGUGGGAGCAUAAUAUUCAGGCCGGACGUACAAACCGUCUGUCAAGACAUAUGCACAGUUUUCCUCCAUUUUCUACUGUUGUCUUUACCUCCACUUUCGGGGUCAAGGGAUAGCCUGUCUGCGUUCAUCAUACAGUGAGUGACCGAUCUCAUCAAAUGUUGGCUGAAAUUCUGAAAUACGUCUUCGAUUAGGAAGGACUACUUUGACGUUAUUCUCAUACUGAGUAUAUUUCGGCAAAAUCUCGUAAUGUUUCUUACUCGGCAGAACGGCGGCUGUUAAGUACAUUGUUUUUCAAUCUCCUGUAGAAAGCCUUCUCGGUAAAAAUUUCUUUUUGGGUAGCACGCAUUUUUCCCAUUGAUUUUCGAUGGCUUUGCAAAUUUAAAUAUAUUUUUUUGAAACCAUGAGCAAAAAUACGCUUUUCAGUUGUUUGAUAGAGAGUCACGUCAUCUUUAUAUUUUAUACAUAAAAAGGGAUAUGCAUUGUUUUAAAAGUUUACUAAUUCCCGAAUAAUUUAGAACAUAAUUAGAUGUUUCAUUAUCAUUUAGUCAUUUUAGUCUACAAGUUCCGUGCGUUCCGUGUAAGGUAAAUCAUACGUUCUUCUAUGUCUUUAGAAAGAUACCAUAUAGAGUCCAUACAGUUUUGCAAUGGACUGUGUUGCAUUUUUUAAAAAAAGCAGUGGUAAACGGACUGGCACGAUGCCAUGUGAAUGGACAUUGCGCCUUCCACGGCACUCUCACGCAAGUGAGAGACACGCCGUUCAACCCCCGCUGUGUGAAAUCCUGGUUCUGUGUGUAUGGGGGGCCAGGUCGUGCCGUGGCGCGCGCAGUCAUGGUCAGUCGACCAUGACAGCCACCGCGCCCAUUCCCAACUCCGGUCUGCUGACCGGCUCGGACAGCGGCUGGGGUGUGGGAGUGGGAAGGGAGAGUGAGGUCGACGACUCAGCGCACUUUCUCCUCACUAUAAUCAAUCUGACGCGCUUGAAGCUAUAACGGUGCGCUAAAAGCCGUGGCUUGGAAGGUUGCCAACUGACGGGGUAACUUGGACCUCCUCCUUGACCGGAGGCGGUCUGAGAGUCAGGCUGCAAUGGCUCCUUUUUAAUGUGGCCUUUAUGGCACUCCCAUCACAGUGUGGGAUCCGAGCCAGGCGUCGGCGGCACGCCCAGGUGCGGCUUCGGCCGUGCCAGCCUCCAAAUCUCUGUUGUGUUGGUUGAAAUCCUGGUUAUUUGUUGUGUGGACCAGGGAGUGUGGUGGAACGCCAAAGUGGGGAUCCGUCCGAGCCAUCCACCUGCGGCCUCUCUCGUCUCCGGUCUUAUUGACUCUGUCUUGACACCGGGCUUGGGCAAGGGAGGAGGAGAGAGUGUAGGUAGAUGCUACGCAAGUCUACCGGCACUAUAAACCCUGCUUAAGUCACCGUCCCUGCUCACAUUGCUGCUGUAACUGUGGGGCACACGAUGGACAUCAUCGAAAUCGAUGGUCGAACUGUCAUAAAUACUGAUAUUUUGCUGAAACUAUUAACGUUCCGCUCGUUCCAGUUCAUUGUUACGUAUGUGCGGAAGCUAAGCUACACGAAAAAUAGUGUUUCGUAUGUUCCUAUUUGGAAAUAGUCAUUUAAUGAUGGUCAUUUAUGUGACAUCACGUAAAAGGUUCAAAUGGCUAAGCAUUUUCAGACCGUUUAAACAAAGGAGUCCCUGUUUGCAUUAUUAUUGUACCAAAUAAUAACUGAAAUUCUGAAAUGUGUUUUCGAUUUAAAAAGCUUGCUUAAGUGAGAUUGUUAUAAUAUAUAUCUUGCAGCAUGGCCAAAAGAUACAUCAGUCACAUUAGGAUGCCGGCCUUUUAAAAAGCUCCUUUUGGUCGUCUACAAAAACCACAAUCUGUAUAAGGGAUUGAGUAAACUGUGCAAAUUUAUAUAUCGAUUCUAAAGAUUUUCGUAAAGUAUAUUAUAUGUUAUAUGAAGCAUGCUCACAAUUUGUCACUCUUAUGCUCGGUUAUCAAAUUACGUUCACAAAUUUACCUCCUGAAAAGAGAGUAUCUACCGGUUUUUGAAAAUUUUUAAAAAUCAAGAGUACUUUCGAACCCGAUUUGCCGUCGAAAUUUUCAUUCAGGUUUUGCAAACUACAUGAUGUUUAUAUUUUGCCGAAGGAAUAUCACCUUCCCUAUGAUGUCAGGAAGAUAUCAUACAAUAGAUGUGCUAACUCAUGAAAUGUUAACCAAAAUUUCAAAACGCAUUUUCGUUUCGAAAAUAUAAAUUAAGUAGUUUUGUAAAAACUAAUCAAGAUGCAGCCUUAAUCUAUAAUUAUCCAGUUACCUAAGUGUGUUGGCUUUCGAAUGAAGUGAUUUUCGGCUGCAUGCAAGAUCCAUGCACUGGAAAAAAUGACUACGUAUAUUGUAUGCCAUUUUCAAAAUGAUUUUCGAUUUCCUUAAAAAUUUAAUUAUAUUUUGUGGAAAGCAUGCAUAAAAAUAAUCGUUUUUUACUUAUUUGGUAGACCAUUAGUCUUCUUCCAAUUUGAUACUGAAGAAAAGAAUAUACUUCUGUUUUACAAAAGAUUUUGUGAGAUAUUUUAAUACCGUUGGAUGGCCGUUCAUGAAACGUCAUUUACCUGUUUUAACGAUUGUUGCAUGUAAAGUUAACAUACACUGCUUAAUUUUAUGAACUGCAUAUAGUCUCCUCUCAACACCGUAGAGAAAUGCAUGGUUUCUCGUACAUGGAAAAUAUACAGCUUGUAUUUUUGAAACCCUGAAUGCAAUUUUAACAGCAGGUCGGAUUCACAAUCAUUCGGGAAUUUAAAAAGUCUCUUAAAACUGAAUUGUACUCUUUUUUCAGUAUGAAAUUCGAAGAAAACGUAAGUUACUACCGAAGAAGUAAAAGAAUGAAUAUUUUUAUGCAUGUUUUCCAUGAAAUAUAAUUGAAUUUUCAAGGGCAUCGAAACUUAAUGAGAAAAUCGCAUGAUACUUUUGUAGUCAUUUUUUGCAGAAUAUAGAUCUUGCAUGCACCCGAAAAUAAGUUUGUUCGAAUGGAGAUACCCUGGCGUAACGAAAGCAUUAAAGCUUUAUGCUGCAUCAUGAUUAGUUUUACAUUUUACUUAAUUUAUCGCGAAAUUGUUUUUGACAUUUCAUGAGUUAUACAUCUACUGGACAUUCAUUGUAAAAUUGUGCAAUGGGUGAAAGCCAGAUAGUUCACCAACUGCGACGAUCCCGGAUGAAGGGGGAGCCAUGCAUGUUCAUAGGUAUGCGGUAGCAUGGCUACUGCAUCCUAUAAAUACCGCAGCCCCUUGUGCAACAACCACCCGUUUCUGCUUUUCUGUCUCUGAUGAUGGAUUCGAGUAGGAAUCCGAAACGUCAGGCAAAUAAAGCUCUUGUCCCGGCGAUCGUGUCUCCCUCUUCAAGAUUACUUCCUGAAACUCGUCUCUUCGCUUCUAUUGAUUAGUAAUUCACGAACCCACGCAGAUUUUGCAUCUGUCACCUAUAUCUGCACUGUUUCUGGUAAUGCGUUCGAGUAAGGACUCCAAACGCCAUGCUAUUUUUGUUCUCGUUUUGGAAGUUGCAUCUUCUUUGUCCCUUCUUUCUCGCUUAUUUUUUAUUUUUCUCCUUCUCAACUACUUUUUGAAACUCGGGUUUCACUUCCAUGUGCAUUUUCUAACUGUUCAGUAGUUCCUCUGCAGAACGACUGGUCAGCAAAAUACCAUCCAGUCACUCGACUCCUCCUCCUACGAAGCGUGCGGGAACUGUAUUGACCGCAUGUGAAAAUUUAAGCAUGCACCUUGCUAUACAACUUUUCAAACUGUUGACUCCAGCAGUCAUUAUAAGCUGUAGUUGAAUUCAAAAAUUUAAAUGUUUGACUGAAAGACACACCUUGCCUUUGCACAUAAAGAAACCCAUCAACAACCCCAGUCUCUCGGUAGUUCGUGCCAGCAUGUCCGUCUGUGCGGCGGGGAGAGCCAAUUCAUACACGACGAUGAUCAUUGUAAAGAGCGCUCUCGCUAACUCUGCGCGACGCCGACAGUUGCGCGAGGUCAUUCGUCGACAGGCAGUGACAAUCAAUGCCACUGUGGGCCUCCUCUUCAGUCUGGGGCUUCCCGGGAAUGGCCAAAUGCCGCCCGGACUGCUCAGUGAGAUUUCGCAAUUCGAUGACAUUCUGCUGGCAAAUUAUGUCGACACUUACCUAAAUCUGACCCUUAAGACGAUCACCAAUCUGCGCUAUGUUCAUCACCACUGUCUACACACCAGUCCCUCAUUCGUCUUCCUCGACGACGACCAUGGAAUCAAUGUGACACAACCGCACCAGGUUUUCUCAAGGUUCUCACUGUCCUAAGUCCGUGGAAGCAUUUUCGGCUCAAUUAACUCUAGGAGAGCGGUGGUUCGAAACACUGGGUCAAAAUGGUUCACGGGGACUGCAGACUAUCCGUUCCCACAUUAUCCGGAUUAUCCGAUUGGUCCCUGCUACAUCAUCGGCGCCGAUCUCAUUCCCAAACUCUCCAUUGCCGCAGCCUUCACGCGCCCCCUGCCCAAUGAGGACGUCUAUGUGGGCAUGAUGUUGAUGAAGCUGGGAGUCAAGAUUCAUCCCCUGUCCAAUAUGUUCGUGCACAUGCUUGGCUUUACUCCCAGUGCAGUACCCUUAGUGGGAGGACUGGAUGUUUUUGUGAAGGCCCUUAAAAUCUGA